AUGGCGAUCAAUUCAUUGGGUACCGUGUCAUCGUUGGAAAGUGUGGACAUCGCUGAGUCCAAAGUUGCCAUAACCCUGAAGGGGCCAUCGGUGGACAUCUCAAACUGUGUAAUCCGUGACUCAUCAAGGGAGGGAAUUGUUGUAAAUAGCAACUUAUUCCCAGAGCUUGACCUUAAAGGGACAAUUGUAAGCAGCAGUGGAUCACAUGGCAUGGAAGUGAGAAGACUGGCAGCAUUUUCCAUUAGGAAUGUGACCGUGCAGAAUUCUGGUGGGCGCGGUAUUAAUGUCCGUCUGUCUGGUGGUCAUCUGGAACUCAGUCAUGUGACGAUCAGAAACAGCUUUGAUUAUGGUCUACGUGUGGCGUUGCGCAACCAGAAAGAAGACCACACUGUUAGAAUGUCUCACUCCAUCAUAGCUGACCAUUCUCGAAGCAUAGGCGUGUAUAUUGAGUCCAAAAACAGCGAAAAAGCUUCGUUGAUUGAGUUCAUUGGCAAUCGCUUUGAAAAUAACUCUGAAGGGUCUGUGUACGUGACGGCCGGACUUUUCCCGUACACGUCUGCAAACUUCAACAACCGGGAAGUGAUUCUCUCCAAAAAUGUGUUCAACCGAAGUGGAGCGAAUUUUAUCCACACAAUCAAUAAUGUUCACAUGACUGUGACCGAUAACAAAUUUUACAACGGCCAUGCGAAAAACAAAGAGGACUGUCUGCUGAAUGUGGGCACGGACAGUGAAAACAGAGAGCUCUUCUCGAAACGCGUGAAUGUCUCCACGAAUGUUUUCAAGGGCGUUGAAGGUCAUUGUGUUGUGAAGUUGAACUCUGGACCACGUAAAAAUGAAGAGGAUUUGCUGAUUAAUGGAGAAUUUCUCUUCAACAAGAUACUUCAGUCUCCGGUGGACAGUGCCAUUGUGGUAGGUUCCAAGCGUUACAACCUUAGCUACAACAUCCUUGACAACCCAUUAGCUGAUUUUGAACUGCAAGUCGUUGCUAAGGGCAAUGAUGUGUUGCAUGCGGAAAACAAUUGGUGGGGUGUUUCCGAACUAAAAGAGGCGAGUUCUCGAAUCUACGAUCGUAAGCAGGACAGUCGUUUGCUAUUGGUCGAUAUCAAACCAAUGAUGACGGGGCAUAUAUUUGAUUGCUCAGAAGUCAGCCAUUGCAGUGGAAAUGGGGAAUGUGUAAGCCCAGAUCGUUGUCGUUGUAAUGCGGGCUGGCGAGGGGAACGCUGUGACGACUUCAGCUGUGUGGACAUCGACGACUGCUCGGGCCACGGGCGCUGCGUUGGACCUAAUCAGUGUCACUGUAGGCAGGGCUGGGCGGGUCCUCGCUGCAAUGAGCCAACAUGUUUUGGUGUGAAUAGCUGCAGUGGUCAUGGCAUCUGCCAACACCCAGAUGUUUGCGCAUGUUACCCAGAAUUCACUGGCAGAUCCUGUUCUGACUGCUCUGAAAACCGCUGGGGACCAAAAUGUCUGCCAUGCCCGAUGUGUCUACAUGGCAGGUGUGACUUGGAUAAUGGGUCCUGUAUCUGUGACACCAUUAACUGGGCUGGCGAUUUGUGUGACGAAUGCGCACCACGUUUCUACGGCCCGGAUUGUCGCCCUGACAUGCAUGUCACUGCGAUCAUACCAAAUGGUGGGACCAACGACGGUGGAACCCUGGUGCACGUCUGGGGGCAUAAUUUUCCACAAACCACCACCAGGGAGUUCUUCUGUCGUUUCGGUCAGAAAGUUGUACGUGGUUCGUGGAUAUCUGGAGAACACCUGACAUGCUACACUCCUAGAAAUUACGCCACAAACGUGAUCUUUGAGGUGUCUGCAGACGGGAGACAAGAUUUCACCACUAACGAGCUUGUUUAUGCGUACAACGGGAAGUGCUUGCUGGGCUCUUGUGGUGGGUAUCAUCACCAUGGUAACUGUGUGUUUGGCGAGUGUCUGUGCCGAAUGCCAUGGACGGGAGUUAACUGCGCUACAGAGUUACUUCCCCCUAAGAUCGUGAAAAUACCUCGGUCUGUCAAGUCUGUGGAGGGCGGGACAUUCUCCUACACGGUCAAGUUGACACAGAAGAGCCAGCUAACCACCUGGGAACUCAUCAACGCCCCGGUCAACAUGACCAUAACAACCCUUAAUAAGAGUCACGCUGUGGUAUCAUGGGAUAUCACCCCCGACCCCUGGACCCAGGAGACGUUUGAUGUGACUCUCAAGGCCAGUAAUAUCAUUGGCUCAGAUUCAGUCAGCUUUGAAAUCGACGCCCCAUACUCCUACACCGUGACUGUCACAAGCAUCCAACCAGCAAAGCUACUCCAGAAUCCAGGUCAAGUCAAGGUCAAAGGUUACGUGAAGUUUUUAACCAGAUCUCCAGAACCUAGAGCGGUCCACGUGGAUAUUCUACUGGAGCACUCCGGAGAACUCCGAGGUUGUGACCCCGCAGAGGUCAGAGUUGAGGGGAGACAGGAAGUGGAACAGUUCCUAGUUGUUUGUCAUCAUCACUCAGCAGACAGUGGUAUCUUCCGUGUGGUUACUCAUCACCCAGUGAAAGAGCCAAGUAUUCCUGUGCCACAACAUCCUGGGCUCUAUGAACUGGGUAACUGGGGGGUUAUGGGAAUAAGGUGUGUACCAGAUUAUGUAACCAGGGAGGUGUAUCUCCAUGACAACAGGGUUCUCCUGAGAGGGAUAACUCUUCUGCAGAAUGUCAGCCCGUCGUCUGUUUACGUCAAGUUUGUCACGUUUCAUGCCAUGGAAGGCUUCUCAUUGGGAAAUAUUACCAUGGUUACGUUGCUAUCAAGAACUCACCAAAGAUUUCCCAUCAGCCUUCAGGAAGGAGAAUCUCAGCCAAUCGACUUGGAGAUAAAAUCUCUCAGACCAUUCUCAGGAACGUUCCAGGUUAUUUUCAAAACUCUUCUGGGUUCCGUUAGCCGGCUUACCGUGGAGGUCAAAGUUCAAGUGAGGAGUUCAUAUUUACACGCAAACCCAGCAUCCAUUCAGGACAAGGUCCGACCAGGUGGUGUUUAUUUUUACGACAUCCUUUUUGAGAAUCUGGGAGAAGCUCCCAUUAAAAACUUAGUUGCAGUUGUCAGCCCGAGUACUGCAUUCUCUAUAGUGUCGUUUUCAACCUCAACUGACCCGUCCCAGCCUGUCGGAUUGGUGUGUCGCCAUAGUAACGCCUCUGUGACAGUCUCCGUAACAGUUCCCGUGAAGUCUUCUCCAUCACAGACUGGAGAGCUGACAGUGAGGUCCUCUGCUGGAGAGAUUGUUGUUCCUCUCAGCCUAGAUGUGAUCACAGACCUGCCUUACUUAUCUGUAACGGUGAAGGAUGAAUGGACGUUUUUGAGAGAGGACAAGCCAUUGGUCAGCGGAGUGAGCAUCACACUGACCAGUCCUGUCAGCGGGUUCAGCAGUACACUGACCACAAACUCUCAGGGUGCCACUAAGUUUGAGGAUCUUCUUGACGAGUAUUACACCCUAACUGCGAUGUCAAAUCUUCACAAGUCCCCCAUCAGGCAAGUUGUGAAAAUCACAGGGCCAACCACCCAUGAAGUGUUCUUACCUAGAAUCCCUCUAACACAAACCUGGACAGUCGAGAGAUUUGGACUCGAGGAGAAAGAAGAGCAAGUGAAUCUGUCAACAGCAGUAUCAGAGAAAGACUUGCCAAACAUGGAAGUUAGCCCAAUGCUGAUUGAUGGAUCCCAAUUUGAAAACAACCAAUCCAUUGACUUUUUAGUCACCAACAAGGGACAGAUAACUGCAGAGAACUUGCGCUUUGUUUUACCAUCGGAGAAGCAUUCCUUUCAGUUGGUAUCUGAGAGAAAGAACCUGGGUGACAUUCAGUCAAACAGUAGUCUGAUAGUGAGGCUGGAGGUGAAAGGUCAGUCUCGAAAGAAAAGAGAGAGCCGUGAAAAAGGGGAACAACUCUGUGGCCUGGCUCUGCUGUAUGACUAUGUGAUGGGUGGCGUUACUGAAACUCGGCGUAUUGAUGUGACACUCACCAGAGGGCGCUCUACUCAACCUACCCUCCCUUGCUCGUUGCUGGAGCCGAAACAUGGUGUGAACUUGUUCAGAUUACUUUGA